AUGGCGCCAUUAACGCGUCUACGCGCGGACAGAGACCACGUACAACUCCCUAUUGCGAUAGAGUAUUAUGCUCAGCGAGCUGCCGUACCUGGGACCCUUAUCGUCGCUGAAGCGACCCUGAUCUCUCCGGCGCAUGGUGGUGUUCCACACGCCCCUGCGCUAUGGAACGCAGCGCACAUCGCAGGUUGGAGGGAAAUCACCAACGCAGUUCACGAGCGUGGAUGUAGUAUUGUGUGCCAACUGGUUGCUCCGGGACGAGCAGCGAACGCCGAGCAGCUCAAAGCAGGCGGGCAUGAACUAUUAAGCUCAAGUGCCGUGCCGAUGCCUGGGCAGGGAUUCGCACCGAAAGAUGGACCAACUGUCGAACCUUGCGCAAUGACUGAAGAGCAAAUAUGGGAUUGCAUUGCGGACUUUGCGCGAGCGGCAAAAAACGCUAUAGCUGCUGGAUUUGACGGCAUAGAGAUACACGGCGCAAACGGAUAUCUAGUCGACCAGUUUUUGCAAGACACAUGCAACCAGCGCAGCGACACUUGGGGCGGAAGCGUCGAGAACCGCAGCAGAUUCGGUAUCGAGGUCGCAAAGGCUGUCGCGGCCGCCAUUGGAUCAGAUCGUGUGGGCUUCCGCUUGAGCCCAUGGAGUUCUUUCCAAGGCAUGCUCAUGUCCGACCCCAUUCCCACAUUCUCCUAUCUCACCACGCAGCUCAAGAAGUUACAACUCGGCUAUCUGCAUAUUAUCGAGUCCCGGGUGAACAAUAACGUCGACUGCGAGUCCACCAAGAGCAUCGACUUCCUGCUUAACAUCUGGGAUAACGUAACACCUGUUCUUAUCGCCGGUGGCAACACUCCGGAAAACGUUUUUGAAGCCGCCGAUAAGAAGUAUGCUGCAUUAGAUGUCGUGUUUGUCUUUGGACGGCACUUUGUGUCGAAUCCAGAUCUGCCAUAUAGGUUAAAGAAUGGUGUGGAAUUGAACAAGUAUGAUCGAAGUACCUUCUAUACGCCAGAGAGUCCGAGGGGAUAUAUUGACUAUCCCUUCUGUAAGGGGUUCAAGCCUGUUGUAGGUUUGUGA